UCGUGGGAUCAGCGAUCUCAGCAGCUGUUUGCACGAAUAAUCUUUGUCUAUUUACUGGAUAUAAAUAGAGUGAUAGAUUUGUAGCCUGAAUUACACAGACAAUGAGAAGAUGCGAGUAAUGUUUAAACCUCAUACAGUCUCAACUUUUGACGUACAUCAGACUUCUGUAUCUUGUGAAGAGCACCAAUUACUUUUUGGAAAUUAGGAAAUACAUAAAAAACCUAGAGGCCACGUCACGACCGAAGAUGUGGGCAGGCAUCCUGCUGACUUUAGUUGCUAUGGCAACACUUCCGUCACCCAGUAUACAAACACUAAAAGGAUGCAGCUACGCCCCCGCUGACGUACACGUUGUGUUUGAGGCGUCGACCCUGUCCACGCAGUUCCUGGGUGGCAUCAGAAACUACCUUGACCAAGUCGAACUAUUCGUCCUGGACGCCAAGUCCACCAAUCCAGACACACGGGUCAGCGUGACCGCGUUCACUGACCAAGGCCCCAGCGAAUAUGUCUCCAUCGACUCCUCUGUGUCACAAAAUCAGAUCCGGAACAUCAUGUCAGGAGUGACCACCACCGCCAGAGCAGGAGUCGUCUCGGAGACCCUGGCGUUCCUGGUCAACAAGAACAUCAGAUCGACCGCCAAUGGUAACCCAAUCACGCUCGUACUCAUCUUCACCAGCCCCCUGUCCUCCACGGCUGUCGUCAGAGACUACGUCAACAGACUCUCUGCCGUCCAGGACAUCGACGUUCGGAUAUUUCCAGUGGGAAUUCUCGCCUACAACUCGGCAUCUACGAUUCCUUUUGUGUUCAACAUACUUGGAAAUAGCCUUGGGUUCUCGCAGUUCAUCUCAGACAACAGUCUGCAGUGCAAUGGGUCAGUUUCAGGGCGUACUAGCACCCUGCCAGUUCCAAUUUCUAGUACCGAGACCCCUGGGGCGUCGGCCCCGGGCGCAGCAUGUUCCAACUGGCACGGUGGCGAGACUCUUCUCUUCCCUUACCCUGGCCGCUGCGACAAGUACUACCAGUGCAGCGAGGAUGGACCUCACGAGCAGACCUGUCCCAUGGGCUACCUGUACGACGCGGACAGGAUGGCAUGUGACCACCCCAGUAUCGUCCUACAGUCGCCAGUCGGAGGGUGUGAUUACUGCGCGCCAUUUAGCGUGACUGUCCACCCGUUCUCCGACUCAUGUGAACUGUACUACCAGUGUGAGCAGGACGAGUACGGCCCAACCCUCACGCCCCGGUGUUGUCUCGCCAACCAGGGCUUCCAGGUCAACCGAGGAUGUCAGUCGGGGGUGAGCUGUGCCGCCCGGAACUACACGGACCCAGCGUCUUGUCGCAGCUACUACCAGUGUGCGGGGGGAGAACUUGUCUCCCAGUGUUGCCCCGGGGGGCAGAGGUUUGACCCUCACCUUGGGUACUGCAUUGUGGGAGAGACGGAGUGUUCCGUCCCGUGUGGCGGGGAGCAGCCAGCCUGCAUGCACACGGCGGACCCUGAGUCUCCCUGUAACUUCCUCACCCCCGAUCACACCCGCACCCACAAGAGACGGUGCCCCGAGAGGCAGGCCUGGGACGCAACUGUCUGCUCGUGCAGUAACCGUGUACCGGGGGCUGACACCUGUUUGAAGGAACUACAAGAAUGCAAGCUGGACUUUCUGACUGACAUGAACGACGGAGGCCAAUGGGGCUUCAACGACAACUCGGGCACGUGGAAAUACGUCGGCAAUGUUGACGUGGUGUUCCUUGGGGGGUACGGCGUCUUCCAAAACUCGGCCUACCUCACCGUCUACCACUACCAGAACAUCGACUGGCCAUACCCCGUGUGGGUGAGGGUGACCUUCCAGUACUUCUCGUCAAGCAGCUCCAGACAGGUGCUCGUCAGUAACGGCUGCUACAACGCAGACCCCGGCCAGGCCACGCUGUUCAUGACUGUAAACCCAGCCGCGAGGACACUCAGCGCCGGCAUCAAGACCAACUCCACCGACUACAGCCAAUCUCUACGAUGGAACUUUGCGACAAGCAGCGCCACCUGGCUGGUGGCCACGAUGCGUUAUGAUGGCCAGAGCCUCGAUCUGAACAUUAAGGACAGAGAUGUGACGUCAUCAAGCACGAGCGAAAGUGUUCAAGCGGAAGGCGAAAUCGCCAGAAGUCCGUGUGCUGUGAGAAUAGGCCGAGGCAACAGGGGAGAGCCCAUGUUUACAGGCAACAUAGACGAGGUGUCUAUAUACGCCACAUGCCAGUCUCCACCUGCUGCUGAUGUCUGAAGUUGUCGCCCCGGACGUCUCCGCAAGUCUCCGUCCUGGCGCGCAGUUUGACCCUCGUAUCAUUGUAUUACACACGUCAGUGUGCCAUAAACAGCACCCCCAGCA